GAUUUCUAAAUCACAAAUAAAAUAUGAUAUUAAACCUUAUUUAUACUAUCGGUAAAUACCUAGGUCUCUUUGGCCUAGCUUAUUUCAUUUAUGUGCUAUACUGUGUGCUAGUGGUACCUUACUUGUUCUGGAGAAAGUAUCGCAAGUAUCCUAAUGUGAAGACACAAGAAAAUUUUGCCCCUGUCAUUGGCGAUAUUGUGAACGAGGUUACUUUAGUGAAGCAGGGCAAGGUACAUUAUGAAUACAGAAAGGAUCUUGGUAAAGAACUUGAGAAAUAUGAUAUUAGAGCAAAGCUUGAUUGGUGGAAUCCUUGAUUUAUGAUUUUGAGCAACCGAGCUCUUGAAGAAGUCAUCCAACUUCAGAAAUCAUGUGUUGAUAAGCAAUAUGUCAGUUAUGGUCUUUCAGCCAUGAUACCUCAUGGUUUUGGAAUUCAGAAGACUAAUACAAAAACGAUUCAGAGAAGGAAGAAUGUUACGACCUGGCUUGGUCUGAACGGUGCUUCAAAAUUUAUUCCUCAUAUGGUCGAAUGUUGCGAAUCAAUUUUGGACAAUAUGGAGGAGGAAGGAACAAUAGAUCUUAUGCACGAGAUGAACUCACUUACAUUCAAUGUAUUCGUAAAGAUCAUGCUUGGAGAUGAUAUUAAUAAGCUUGAAUCAACUUUGUAUCCAUAUACAAAUCCUGAUGGAAAAGUAGAGAACAUCACUCUAAAAGAAAUGCUGAUCAGGCUGACAAAUGCCUACGUGCAGCAUUAUAUCAAUCCACUAACUUUCCUAAUGCCUUUUUUGAACGAGUACCAUCUUGUGAACCCCUAUAAGAGGGAUUAUAAAAACAAUCAGUUGUUCAAGAAGUACAUCAAAGAAGUAGUUGAAUCUUCAGAUAACAAGGACUCUAUCGGGAAGAAGUUCCUCAAUAAUGAAGAUUGCACUCCAGAGCAGAGACUUGAUGACAUGAUUGCAAUUAUGGUUGCAGGAACAGAGACAACUUCUCAUUCCUUAGUGUCUUGCUUGUACUACCUUGACAAGCAUCCUGACAUUAAAGAAAAACUCAAGAAAGAACUUGAGAAGGAAGGCUUCACCAAAGGAGAAGGAUUUUUAGCCUCUAUUGGUGUUGACAGUAUCCAGAAUUGUACCUAUCUAAACUGUGUUAUCAAGGAAACUCUCAGAUGCGAUACUGUUAUUCAAGAUUCAUUUGAUUAUGAAUGUAGUAAAGAUACCACCAUCUGUGGUGUUCCAAUUCCUAAGGGGAGCCACUUCAGAGUUGACUUAGUCUCCUCACAUUAUGAUGAUAAAAAGUGGCUUCAGCCAAAAGAAUUCAUUCCUGAAAGAUUUGAUUUUGAGUCUGAAUUUUAUAAAUAAAUCAAAAGAGCUCGGACUAACUGGUGGCGUAUAUUCCAGAAGAAGCUUCGGGCAUGGAAAUAGAGCUUGUCCAGGCCAAAGCUUCGCUCUACUGGAGAUGAAGAUUGCUAUAGCUUAUUUCACUCUCCAUUUAGAAUACAACUUUUCUGAAGAGGAUCUUUCAAAAGAUGGAAUAGGAUUUGCAUUAAUGUCGCAAUUUAACCCUAAAGUUGCGUGCAAAAGAAAAUAAUAAAUAAUUGGUUCAGAUUCGCUCAAUAUUA